UGCUGUGAUUCCACCAUCUUCCAUGGUCAGGUUCAAAUCGAAAAGUUUUUUUGACAAUUUUUUUGUUAAGGGAAGUUGAUAUGAAUUUUUGUGGUUCCGAAACUAUUUGUGCUGUUAUUAUCGUAACAUCCCUUUUGAUUAAUACCUCGUAAGCGUUUUCAAGUGUUUGAAUAUGAAUAAUAUCAUCGAGUGUAUUUACAAGUCGUGUGACGAAAGCAACACAAAUUCGGUGGAAGUUUCAUCGUUAAUAGAUUUCGUUAAGCCCUACAUGCCCAAUAAUUUAAGCGAAUUGAAUGAGUUACGAGCACAGCUAGAUCCAGACUCUGUAAACCCUCACAUUGGGUACUCGUUUUUUGAAAGCGUUAUGAGCACAUGGGUUUCAAAAAUGCAGGGUGAUGACGGCAACACAGGCUUAUCAGAGCUCCAUAACAGCUUCAGUCAGAACUUGUCUCAAAAUGAGUCCAACAACAAUACGUUUCCUGUGAAUUUAGAGGAACGAAUUUGUGAUUUAAAAUACAAACUAAGUAAAGCUAACUCUGAAUUAGAUCUUGUCAAGCAACAAUUGGCCGCGUCUGAAGAACAAAACGAAGGAUUGAUUGCUGAAUUAGCGUUACGCAAAAUUCAACACCGUGAACAACAUGCCAGUGAGUCUUCUGCACGUCAAGGUGACGAUCAUGAAAAAGAUGAGCAGAUAAAUACGGCCAAUAAACAGCGGGAACAUCUACAAAAACUUCUAACAAACUACGAGAAGCACCAGAAACUCUAUGUGGCUCAAAUUAAUACACUUGAAACUGAGAAUAAUGUCUUGAAACAGAAACUAAAAACUUGCGAAAAAGUAAACCAAGAAAAUAAAGUAACCAUGAUAGAGCUACGAGAAGAUUUAGAAUUAAAGGAUGCAGAAAUAUCGACUUUAAAGGAAUCUCUCGAUAAUUUAAAUUCCCAGUUAGUGGAAAAAAUAGAAUUGGUUGAAUUUUACACCAAAGAGCAAAACUUGGCUAGGCAAAAAAUUCAUAAUUUGGAAGAUGUGAUUCGUAAUAGUACCCUUCGUAGUAACAAGUCUGUGGUAGAAAGUGAAACGAAACGGACGUCCAAGCCCAUUUUUAAUUCUCCAAAAUUGUUGAAUCAACUGGCAAAUCCAGUUACCCCCAGAUUGUCAAGUAGCCCCAUAAAUUUAAAAGACUGUGGCGCCUCCAGCAGUCCGAUUAAUUCCUCACUGGAAAGUACUAAUUGUAGCAUUUAUGAUGUCUCAAAUAUCGGUGUUUAUACGUUACGAAGCCCUCGAAAAACUCUCCAGGAAGAAUUGGCAGAAGUUAAUCUUGAGAACACUGACAACGAGGAAGAAGUAGCUCGUUUGUACAAAGUGGUCAAGGACCAAGAGGAAAUCAAAAAUAAUCUCUGGCAAAAUAUGAAGGAACUGUCUAGUGAGAACGAGAUUCUCCGGAAUAAUAAAAAAGAACUUACCAACCUUAUCAAUACUCUUAACGAAAAAGAUGAGAUUAUUAAAAACUUAACAACUCAGUUGGGUAACCUGAAAGAAGCCGCGAAAGCGGACGAUAAUAACGUGAUCAAAGUUGUUGCGUCCGGAUUGUGCAAAGUUGACACUAACUUACGCGAACAGCUUUCUGUAGGUGAUGAGAUUCGAGAAAAACUUGCUGCUUUGAGUAAUCACUUGCAUCGGAAAGUGUCACAGGAAUUAAAAAACGCUUCUCUGAUAAAAAAUCUGAAGAUAAGACUUCGAAGAGAGCAAUUGUUGAAUUUAAGUUUACGAGCUGAAUUGUGCGAAGCUACUGAAACUUUGAGCGAGGAGCGCAAUAAGUGGUGUGUGUCGUUCGUGAGCGAACCAACGGAUCCCAAAAAAACAAACUUUGCAAAACAGCAAAAACGACUCGAUCGAAUGUUGGAGAAACAAGAAGAAACGGAGAAAGCCCUCGCUAAAGAAAAAAGCAUAAAUACGAAACUGUCGUCAAAGUGUCAAGAAAUGUGCGCCAAAAAUGAGGCACUUGAAAGCGAUCUCAAGCACUGUCACGAGACGAUUCGCAGUUUAGACGCAUUAAAAACCGAAUUUGAAAUUUUAAAAACCGAACACAAUCAACUAAAGAACGAGAGACUGAAACUAGUGGAGGAAAAUCGUAACUUGAAUGAGAAUCUCCACGAUUAUGUGAAUAAAUUGUUAGUGGAAACGACUAUAACGGGCAAUCUGCGGGCAGAAAUGAAUGUCUUGGUCGAGGAGAAGCGAUAUUUGGAGAAGAGAAUGGCGGAGAAUGUUGCCAAGGUGGGUAAAUUAAAAAAUCAAAUUGUAAAAAUGAAGAUGACUAGUGAUUUGGCGAUCACGAAAUUGUGCGAUGAAGUGUUGGAGAAAAAUAAUGAAAUAAGGAGUUUGCGAAAGCAACUGGAGUGUGUGAAUAUUGAUGCGUUUCUCUCUGAAAGUAACAGGGAGUUAAGAUGUGCAAUCUUGGAUAUUUUCGAAUAUUUCAACUGCGACCGAGGUGUGCUAGAGGAAGAAAAGGCACUAACAGACGCAGAGUUUGUCCUAGAUUUAGAAAAAGAAAUGGUUCUUUUGAAAAGUAACAUCAAACUUGUUAAAUUUCUUGCAGAAUUAAAUCAACAUCAGAGUGAUGAGUCUGAUGAGGCUUUUGACGAAUUGCAUGAAAUUUCCAUGAAUCAGGAGCUGCUCGAGGACACUUUUCUUUCUUGCACCAGUCAGAUUUCGCACAGCGAGCAGGAUAUGUUUGAAGCAAUACUACCCUUGCAAUAUGAUUCAUUUUUGAGUAACUUAGAGUUUGAAGAGGUGGAUUUAAAGCAGUUGUCCGUGAAAGAAAUUGAGGAGAAGUUUGCAAGUCUUGCCUUAACGUUAACCAUGGACGUUGCAACGUCGAAAAAGCGAUGCGCUAAUGAAGAAGAAAAGUUCAAUCAAUUGAUUUUGAGUUUCUUCACGUACUUGAAUUGUAGUAUGGAUAUUAUGAAGAAGUUGUGUUGUAAACAGAAAAGGAGCCACAAAACGGUCGUGAAUUACUUACAGCAAGUGAAGGAAAUCGGCGAAAAACUUAUUAAAUCUGCCGUUGAAUGUGGUACUUUGCGCUAUGAAAAACGAAUGGCAAAUUGCUGGAAGUUGGUGAUUAAUUAUGUGGCGAUCUUGACUCACGACAAUAAGCAAAGCAAAGAGUCUUUGUCUUCACACAGUUCUGUUGAAGACCUCCAAAUGGAACCACCUCUUGAGUUAGACAGUAGUAAAGAUGUGAAUGAAAAUUUACAAGUAGUGCCUCUAAGACCAAACCCGCCGUCAAGAACUAAAUGUUAUGUUUGUUUGUUUUUGCUUGUUUUCAUAAUUCUAGUUUUUGCGUUAUUGUUUUAUGUUGAUCGGUUGUGCCAAAGUGGCGGCAAUCACGUAUGUCCAGUUCAGAAGUUAACCAACUUUUUCAUUGAAACCAAAUAUUUGUGUAAUAUUUAAUGAUUAUUUUCUUACAAAAUACAUUUUAAAACUGUUCCUAAAA